AUGGCAAGCCUACGAAAAACCCACCCACUGAUAAAAAUCGCCAACGACGCACUAGUUGACCUCCCCACACCAUCCAAUAUUUCCGUAUGAUGAAAUUUUGGGUCCCUUCUAGGACUAUGUUUAAUCACCCAAAUCCUAACCGGGCUAUUCCUAGCCAUACACUAUACCUCCGACAUUUCAACUGCAUUUUCGUCGGUAGUCCACAUCUGCCGAGACGUAAACUAUGGUUGACUCAUCCGUAAUAUUCACGCUAACGGAGCAUCAUUCUUUUUCAUCUGCAUUUAUAUACACAUUGCUCGCGGCCUAUACUACGGGUCCUACCUAUACAAAGAAACCUGAAAUAUUGGAGUAGUCCUCCUCCUGCUAGUUAUAAUAACAGCCUUCGUUGGCUACGUCCUUCCAUGAGGACAGAUAUCCUUCUGAGGUGCUACAGUAAUUACAAAUUUACUAUCAGCAGUCCCUUAUAUAGGAGACACCCUUGUCCAAUGAAUCUGAGGUGGCUUCUCAGUAGACAAUGCAACACUAACACGAUUCUUCGCAUUCCACUUCCUACUACCAUUCGUAGUCGCCGCCGCAACCCUUCUACACCUACUUUUCCUCCACGAGACAGGAUCAAACAACCCAGCCGGAUUAAACUCCGACGCAGAUAAAAUUUCUUUCCACCCAUAUUUCUCAUACAAAGACCUUCUAGGAUUCGUAGUAAUACUGUUAGCCCUCACAUCAUUAGCGCUAUUCUCCCCAAAUCUCUUAGGAGACCCAGAAAAUUUCACCCCAGCAAAUCCACUAGUCACCCCUCCACAUAUCAAGCCAGAAUGAUACUUUUUGUUUGCUUACGCCAUUCUACGAUCCAUCCCAAACAAACUAGGAGGGGUCCUUGCAUUACUAUUCUCCAUCCUAGUGCUAAUAGUAGUACCAAUCUUACACACUUCAAAACAACGAGGACUGACAUUCCGCCCAAUCACCCAGUUCCUAUUCUGAACCUUAGUGGCAGACAUAAUCAUUCUAACAUGGAUUGGAGGCAUACCCGUAGAACAUCCAUACAUUAUUAUUGGACAAGUCGCAUCAGUCCUUUACUUCGCAUUAUUCCUCAUCCUCUCCCCACUAGCAGGAUGAGUAGAAAACAAAGCACUAAAAUGAGCUU